AUGCACAAGACUCAAGCCUUCUCCCUUUCAGGAUCGCCACUCCCCGACUGGAAUACUUUCCUUUGUGCAUACGAUGUUACUGAUUGGCAUGAUCGUACGUCACCUACCUCUCUCCAAUAUCUUGGUUUUCCAUUAUUUUCCUCUAUCACUCAACAAGACUCCUACGGGACCACCCUCCUGUCAAAAAUUGAGACCUUUUGCAGUAUUCAUGGAUCACGAUCUCUUUCCUUUUUUUGCUCCAUUGUGCGCGGGUUCUUCCAUGUCAACUCUUUUCCUCCCAUUGCUUUUGACACUCUCUGCUUGCCCCGACUACAGGGUGGCCUUGGUAUCUUGGAUCCUGGUAUACAGCAAUGUGCUCUCCAACUUUGCUGGCUGAAGCCCCUUAUCCGUAAUCCUCUACUGCCUCACGGUCUUGUUCCCCAAUGGUUCUCCACUCUUCUUUGCUCUGACGUCCCUACCGUUGAUCCUCUUCUUCCCUUACUCUUUUCGGACUGUCAUCCUCGCAACCAUCGCACCCUUGAUUCUCCACUGCACCUGGUUCUGAAGGCUAUGGAUACUCUUCCCUGA